AUGACCCUCACCAAAGGCUCCUUCACCUACUCCAGUGGGGAGGAGUACCGCGGCGAGUGGAAGGAAGGUCGCAGGCACGGUGUCGGGCAGCUGACAUUUGCCGACGGCACCGCUUAUGUGGGGCACUUUGAGAACGGGCUCUUCCAUGGCUGCGGCGUGCUCACCUUCUCCGAUGGCUCCAGGUACGAGGGCGAGUUUGUGCAGGGCAAGUUCAACGGUGUUGGCGUCUUCACCCGCUGCGACAACAUGACCUUUGAGGGCGAGUUCAAAGGCGGGCGUGUGUAUGGUUUUGGUCUCCUGACCUUUCCAGACGGCUCCCAUGGGGUGCCCCGCAACGAGGGCUUCUUCGAGAACAACAAGCUGCUGCGGCGGGAGAAGUGCCCGGCUGUCAUCCAGAGGGCACAGGGCGCCUCCAAGUCUGCCCACAACCUGAUGGCGUGA